AUGGCGACCACACAGCAGAGCAAGUACCAGUACAGCACUUCUGAAAUUGAACUCAGUUUCGCCAACAGUGAGGAACGAAUACGUCGUGAGUCGCGGAUCAGUACCGAUGCACCUCAGCUGGAACUCCUUCACCACAACGAGCGAGAUGCCGCCAACUCAGACGAUCGUCUCCGCAGCUCACGCGAGAGAUUACCCAGUACUGCUUUGAACCAUGAGCUACCGAACGCCCCUCUGCUUGAGAAGCAACCUGACCUCUCUCUCGGCUGGCCGACAUCACCUCGACCCGUCAAGAACUCCCUCGGUACCACUGCCUGGAAGGUUCUUACUGAUCUGCUUCUACUGGCUCUCUCGGUCGCAUUCCUGUCUUUUGCUUUAUUCGUCAUCUGGUACAACGGCAAACCUACUAGCCGCCACCAAGACGCAGCCGAGAGGAUCAAACAAGCUUCAAUAUGGAUAAGCUACGGACCAACGGACAUUCCUGAACACACGGAGUUCUUCUAUGUGGUGCCUAGCCAGUGGCUACUGCCUGAUGACGAGUAUUUUAAGCCGACCUUCUUGGAUUUCCCUUACCUCACUGCCCUCACGAGUCAGUCUACUGCACAAGGCUCUCCACGCGAUACCUGGGGUCACGUCAAAGUACCUCGGAUCGAGCACUACGAAGGCAAAUCACCUUCCGGAGACGGAGGCUGGUACAGCACAGUGAACGGCACUCUAGAAUCUUACUCUUCGUUCAUUGGUGUUCCAAUAAGUGGCAUGGACUGA